AGAGGGGAGGAGUCGCCGGGUGUUUGCAGUCGUCUCCACAGCCAGCUUGCUAACGUUAGCUAACAAGCUAGCUAGAUUUCCAAAAUACAAACUUCUAUUUGAACAACAAUAUUUUCAAGAAUUAUAUCAGUGCAGCGUGCUUUCCUUUAAGAGUUUGGUCCAACACACUGCUGUGCAUUUUUUAUAGUCGGAUUAAUGUACAUUGACUGAGUUAAAGUGAAGUGAGGGAGAAAGGAGAGGAUACAAAUUCGAGUACACCCCGUAUGGAUUUGACGUCGGCAUAGCUAGCCUACAUCGCUUGAUGUUUUCCAGUGAAGAUAAAAGGCUGUUUGUUAUUGGAAUGGAAUAUGGGGGAGCCUUAUGACCCAAACAACCCGACAGAGUGUGACAUCCUUUUGGCGAGUUCAUUUCUCUGAACUGGAUUAUUAUUGGUUAGCAGCUUCUAUAGGGUCACAAACCUCAGACCUGCUGCUCAAUGGAUGCUCUGGUGAACACGGAGAUCAGAGAAGAGGGGGGUAAUACCUCGGUCAAGGUUGAGGGCCUAUCCAAGGCAGCUAUACUCAAAGGCCUUUCCCCAAGAGUUAUGUUAUCAAGCCGUCUCUUGCCUAAGGGAACCAAGAUGAAGGUGAACCUGGAGGAGCAGGGUCGCCAGAAAGUGUCCUUCAGCUUCUGCCAGACAAAAAAACCAUUACCGAGUGUUUUCCUGGCCCCUCCCAGCCCUGAAAAAUCUCUCAGUGAACUUCCUUCCGCUGUUCCACCUGGAACGUCACUCCCUCAGGAUACGGCAGGACUUGCAGAAAGUCAAUUGGAGCAAAUACAACCACCUUUAGUGUCCACAUCUGUAGCAGAGACCCAUGUACCUCAAACAUCAGAAUCUUCUGCCCCCAGACCUAAAGUGGACUUGGGGAAAAUGCACUUCAAGAAGCAGAUCCUCAGUGUUUCUGUUAAUGAAGAUAAUUUUACACCUAGCGUCACAUCACAGGAACCACCCUCCCCCGAGCAGCAGUCUAUCAUGCAAUCUCCGGUAAAAAAUGAAAAUGAAUUCCCUUCUCCUCAGUCUCAGCUCAGCCUUCAGAACGUUGUUAAUGACUGCCCCUCAGAGAAUGCCCCCAUGGCAGCCUCUGAAGAGAAGCUGAUCCCUGUCCUCAAAAAGACAACAGAUUCGUCCCAGACAAGAAAAGAUGAUGUUGAUGGUUCCAAUAACACAGAACAGGACACCAUAGAAAAUACGAAAACCCGGUCCCAAUCUGACAGCACACUACCUGGUUCAGAAUCUGAUGGCGAUUCAGUGCGGACGUCUUCCAGCCACAAGUCAGGGGAACCUAAGAGCACAGAGAAGUCAGAAAGUAGACACGAGGCAAUGAACAUUUCCUCAAGGUCCAAACUAGAAGAAAAGGAAAAUAAUUCUCACGUGCGGUUGGAUAAGCAUGAAAAAACCUCCAGCUACUCAAGGGUAGAACGUGAACCAAGACGCACAUCCUCGCGGUCCUGUCAUUCAGACAAAGAUCGCAGGAGAGAAAGAAGUCGUUCGCGGUCCAGAUCGAGAAGCCUCCGGACUAAUUCAUCCCACUCUCGAUCUGAGAGAACCAGAAGUGACCGAGGGUUUCGGUCUGAAAGGUCACAUUACAAUGAGUCAGAGCGAAAGUCUCACAGGAGCCCUCCACACAGAGAAAGGAGAGGGUCUCGUUCCCGGACUGACAGCAGGAUCCGUGACAGUUCUGACUCUGAAGACGAGGUCCGGAGGAACCGAACUAGAACUAGUGAGUCCAGCAGAUCAUCCACCCACUCUGGCUCACAGAGAGAUGCCAAGUCAUCUUCUCAUUCAAAAUCUGAGAAAUCUGUAGAUUCUCCCAACUCUUCUGAGUUGGAUAAAAGAACACAAUCUUCGUCUGAAAGGGUAAAAAGAACAUCAGACACAGAUUCCCAACAGAAGGGUUCUCCUGAUGUUGAAUCUUAUUGCAGGAAAUCCAACAGUAAUUGCAAAUCAGAGACUCGUAUUAAACCCAGUUAUUCAAGCCCUACAACCCGGUCUCAAACAUCUUCAAAAAACCUCCAGAAGAAUAGCUCCAGCGACUCAGAGGGGGAUCUUAAAGGGAAAUCAAAGUCACAGAGCUCUGACAAGAACUCUGGCUCUAAAGAAAACUCAGCAACUUGCUAUAAAAAUUCCAGUGCACCAGACUCUAAGCCUAUUAUGACCUGUAAGUCCCCAGUGAGCAUUAGUGGAAACGGAAGACAAUCAACAGACACAUUUCACAGUCCCAUUAAAAUGCAAACACAUUUAGAGUCUAUGGCAUCCCAUCCACAGAGCAAAGAAGACAAUUUAGAGUUUUAUUCUCAACCAGUUGAUGCAUGUCGAAUGCAUGAAUUCCUUGACAAGGCUACCCUACCAUCCCAUGAUAAAGUUGUGCAAGAAGCACCUCUUUCAUCGUCUUUAAAUUGUUUACAUGUUGACAGCAAAACAGAAAUAGAAUCAAGAGGCAGUGACCUUCCUGCAAGUUUACCAAACCCGUCUGGAGUAGACCUGUUGGUUAAACAAAAUUCCCCAGCUGUGAAGAUAGAUGAAUCGCAAGUAGAACUUCAUGUAGCCAAUACUACUUUUUUCAGUAGUAAUGGUAGAGUGCUAUCCAACGAGCAAUUGGUAGAGUCCAAACCGACAAUGUCUACUGCAGAUGUAUUUGUUAGAGAAAACAUGCAACAGAACACUAGUCUGGAAAAGAUCCUUGAAACAUGUAGAAAUGUGACUGUAAACAUCCAGUCUUGCACAAGCUUCCCUAUCAAAUCUGAAUCAUCGUGCUCCGAACCUGAACAGCGGAUUCUGAAAAACCAGAGUGAACAGCCAGACAUCGAUGUGAUGAAGAAAAAGCGAGCCAAUGCAAAGAAGUCCCGUUGGGAUAUUGUUGGUCAGGACACCUCAGACAGUGAUAAUCCUCAGAAAUUGCUUGGCCAAGAAAGCAAGCCUACCGUUAGAAAAGUCAUCUCAGUUAAAAGUAUAGAAUUUACUAAAGAAAUUAUUCAAGGAGAACGGUCUGUGUUGAAGGGUGAAGGGCAACAGGAGUCUGUGAUACAUUCCAAACUAAUAAAGCAGGAAAGAAUACCCAAGGAUGAACCCAGCUCUGUAAAUAUCACCCCUAGAAAAAGUGACCAACUAGACACAUGUAGAGUCAGUAACGACCAUUUUGACAUCAAACACCCUGUUGACCAUCAUGUCAAACCCCCUUUAGUUUUAAAUCAUAUCUCACAGGGAGACAAAGCUACUUUGGAGCCAACCUGGAAUGGUGAUGACAACGAAGAUAAACAUAAACUUGGAACCCUCAAGACCAAACUGCUGAAAAGUCACAGUGAGUGCAGUGAUAGUGAAGAUUCAGAGUAUGAUUCUGAUUGUGGUGCAGCCAUAAAACGGUUGCACUCUGUGGUGGUUGUGCCAAAGAAUUCCACCCUGACGCAGGACCCACAAGAUCCAUCUCUCUGCAGUCCAGCCAGCAUCUCAGACUGUCAGCAUGUCAAAAGGGCCAGUGACCUAGAGGGUGACCUGCACUUCAACCCACAGCAGAGGCAUAGAGGGGGUUCUAGCAUGAGUGAAGGCACUAAGCAGUCUAGUAUCACAGAUGGAAAUAACCCAGCACGUGACAGUUUGUAUUAUCAAUCUCAGAGCAACAUGAUUGAUAGUACCAGUCAGUUUGAGGGCUCCAGUUUCAUCAGUACUCAGCCUUACAAGGAUUCUGACAGUGCCCAAGAGAGACCAAAGAUUGGGCCACCAAUCGCCCAGGGUCCAGCCUACAGCCUUGACAACUCUUCCAGGCAGUCUGACCCAGGACAUUCACAGCACAGUGACAGUGUUCAAGGUGGACGGAUGCUCUCCCAUUACCAACACAGAAACUUCUCUAGCCUGGAGAACCUCAACAGCAAGGAAGGCUUCGAUGCAGGCUGGAACUUCACACAUGUAGAGCAGCCCACCAGCACAUACCAACAGCCUGACAGUAGUUAUGGGACAAGUUUACAAAAUCCCAAACAGCUUGGAAGCUCCUCCUUUGGACAGGAGUACAGUCAAGCUUAUGCCUACUGGACCCAACAACCCACCAACAUGCCGGUCUACAUCCAUGUAGCUCCUCACUAUAAGGAGACUGUUAGUCAAGUUCAUCCUGACUCUCUGACUAAUGACCACGAGGAGGACAGUGGACCUAAACCAUUAGGCUUUGGUAAACUGGCAUUGCAAUGCAAUGGACCCAACCUUCUGGGAUCUUCUACCUUUGUUCAAGCCCAUGAAAUAAGUAGCAACUGCAGGGGCCCUGUCAGUGAGAGCAUUCCCAUUCCUGAGCCCACUAGAGAAGAACACCUGAGACCCCACAGAGGCAGAGGUCCUCCCAAGAAAAGACGCCCUGAGAUCGAGUCAGAUUCUGAUAAUGAAGCAGAGUUCGGCAAAAGAGUACACCUCAUAGACGGCAAUGCCCAUAAGUUCUCCAAAGACUCUAAGGAAACCUCAGGGAAGGCUGAGGUGCAGCGCCCUCUGCUUAGCCUGCGGGAGUUCCAGGAUGCCAGCAACUGGAGAGAGAUGGCCAGAGCCAAGAGGAUGCCACCGUACUUUGAUCUGAUUGAGGAGAAUCUUUAUUUGACAGAGAGAAAGAAGAGUAAAUCUCAUCGAGACAUCAAGCGUAUGCAGUGUGAGUGUUCAGUCCUAACAAGGGAAGAACGGUCACGUGGAGUAUUGGCUUGUGGGGAGGACUGCCUUAACCGUUUGCUGAUGAUAGAAUGUUCAUCACGGUGCCUGAAUGGAGCCUAUUGCUCUAACCGACGCUUCCAGAUGAAACAACAUGCAGACUUUGAGGUUAUUCUGACUGAAGAUAAAGGCUGGGGACUGCGGGCCGCCAAGGACCUGCCUCCGAACACUUUUGUGCUGGAGUACUGCGGUGAGGUGUUGGACCACAAGGAGUUCAAGACGCGAGUGAAAGAGUAUGCACGCAACAAGAACAUACACUACUACUUCAUGGCCUUGAAGAAUAAUGAGAUCAUAGAUGCAACACUGAAGGGGAACUGCUCUCGCUUUAUGAACCACAGCUGUGAGCCCAAUUGUGAGACUCAGAAGUGGACUGUAAACGGUCAACUCCGAGUUGGCUUCUUCACUACUAAGAUGGUGCCGGCUGGAACGGAACUGACAUUCGAUUACCAGUUCCAGCGAUACGGCAAAGAGGCCCAGAAAUGCUUCUGUGGGGCUUCCAGCUGCAGAGGCUUCCUGGGUGGGGAGAACCGGGUCAGUGUUCGCGCCGCAGGAGGGAAGAUGAAGAAGGAGCGCAGCCGCAAGAAGGACACAGUGAGCGUGCUCACAACGGUGGAUGAGGAGCUGGAGGCACUGCUGGAGAAUGGAGAAGGCCUGUACGAUGAGAAGGAGGUGGUGUCUCUCUGCAGACUGAUGGUCCGCAUGGAAAACAUGGAGCAAAAACUGACCUGCCUUAAACUCAUCCAAGAUACCCAGAAUCCCUCAUGCCUGAAGCAGUUCCUGGACCACCAUGGUCUGUCAUUGUUGUGGAUUUUCAUGGUGGAGCUGUCCGAAGCCAAGGGCAACAGUGCCAAUAACGUCAAACUGCAGUUUGAGAUCAUGAAGACCCUGUCCGUGCUGCCCAUCUCUACUAAGAACAUGCUGGAGGAGAGUCGAGUCCUGCAGUUCAUCCAGCGAUGGGCCCAAACCCACUCCCUACCCCAGCCUGCAGAGAACGACGGCUACUCCAGCGAGAAUACGUCCCGUGCUCAAACGCCUCUCAACACUCCUGAUGGGUCUGCUGCCAAACUUGGAACGGACCUGGACAGCGACACCCCAAAACGGGCUGUCUACCGCCGCCUCAAGAUCAUCAGCGAGAACAGCCUGGACAGCGCGCUCUCGGACGCCAGCAAAGCUUCUGACGGGAAAGAGGAGGAAGAGGAUGAUGACGAGGAGGAAGACGAGGAUGCCUCGCGGAUGGGUCUGUCCGAGAGCAAAGCAGAGAAGACUGAAAGUGCGUUAGGAGGUGAUGGUCAGACUCCAGUGGAUAAGCCCAUGGAAGCAGCUAUCCAGGAGCAGCAGGAGAAAAAAGAGGAGGCGGAGCCUAGCAACAGUACCAAGCUCAAAGAGAAAGCAGACGAGCAGGAGAUGAAAUUGGAGACCGAUGAGAAAGAGAGUGGGCAGGAGCAGCCAAGUCAGCCUCUGGAAGAGAUGGUGGUGCUGGAAGAAGUGGAAAAGCCUGUCGAAGUUGUCCAGGAGCCAGAAAGUCAUUCUGCUCAUGCCCAGACAGAAGAUGUUAACACUGCACUAGCAGAGCAACCAGUUGGUCUGGAGGAAGCCACAGCAGAGAUGGAGGAUGUUGAGAAGGCUCCAGGCAGUGAAGAGCAGCCCAAAGAAGACCAGAUGGUACCAGAGGCUCCCCUCCACUGUGAGGUUUCCCAGGCUCCUUCCAACAUGGAGGGGUCCCCCAGCAUGGAGGCCCCUGAGACUACCUCCAACGCAGAGCAUGCUGUUCCCCUCCACAGCUUGGAGGACCCGGAGGCUCCCAUUGGCUCUGAUAUCCCUGCAACUUCUCCCAGUACAGAGGUUCCUGAAGCACCCCUUACCUCAGAUGUCCAUAUGGAGGAACAUGCUAUAGAUGCCCAGGCAGUGCACCUAGCCCUAGAAACCCAGGCAGUCGACUCUACCCCAGAGAAUCAGGUAGAGGACCUUACCCCAGCUGAUCAGGUAAUGGACUCAACUCCAGAAAACCAGGUCAUGGACCCAACCAUAGAAAACCAGGUGAUGGACCCAAGCCCAGAGGUCCAAGCAGUUGACUUAACCCCAGAAGUCCAAGAAGUGGAUCCAAUUGUAGAGGUUCAGGCUGUCAACUCAAACCCAGAGGCCCAGGUGGUAGACCCAGCCCCAGAGAUCCAGGUGGGAGACCCAGCCCCAGAGGCCCAGGUGGUAGACCCAGCCCCAGAGAUCCAGGUGGGAGACCCAGCCCCAGAGGCCCAGGUGGUAGACCCAGCCCCAGAGGUCCAAGUGGUAGACCCAGCCCCAGAGGUCCAGGUGGUAGACCCAGCCCCAGAGGUCCAAGUGGUAGACCCAGCCCCAGAGGUCCAGGUGGUAGACCCAGCCCCAGAGGUCCAGGUGGUAGACCCAGCCCCAGAGGUCCAGGUGGUAGACCCAGCCCCAGAGGCCCAGGUGGUAGACCCAGCCCCAGAGGCCCAGGUGGUAGACCCAGCCCCAGAGGCCCAGGUGGUAGACCCAGCCCCAGAGGCCCAGGUGGUAGACCCAGCCCCGGACGCCCCCGCUGCCCCUGUAGAGCCCUCAGCAGUUGGAACUCCCUCUCAGGAUGAGGAGGAAGGUGUGUCUGAUGUGGAAAGUGAGAGGAGCCAGGAACCUCCGAUCAACGUUUUGGACAUCAGUGGCAUGGCUGCCAGACUGUUAGACAGCUGGAAGGACCUGAAGGAGGUCUACAGAAUACCAAAAAAAAGCCAGGUGGAGAAGGAGUCUAAUGAUCGCGGUCGAGAUCGUGAUGCUGCCCUGACUCCUCGUACCCCUUCUGCCAGCCGGGAACGUGAGAGGGAGCGAGAGAGGGAGAAGGAGAGAGACAGAGAUAGGGACAGAGAAAGAGACAGAGACCGUGAGAGGGAAAGAGACCGUGACAGAGAGCGGGAUAGGGAGAGGGACUGGGAGAGAGACAGGGAGAGAGACUGGGAUAGGGACAGGGACAGGGAUCGCGACUCUGACAAAACCCACCGCAGCGCUGGCCGUCGGCGAAGACGAGCCUCCACCUCCCCCCCGCCCUCCAGCUACGAGCGAAGCUGCCGGCGCAACGAGGAGCGAUUUGAUACGCCCAUCAGCAGCAAGAAGGUUCAGGUGAAGGAACGCAACAAGUUGUCAACGGAGGAGCGCAGGAAGCUGUUUGAGCAGGAGGUGGCGCAGCGCGAGGCUCAGAAACAGCAGCUCCAACAGCAGCAGCUCCAGACCCUGGCCUACGACGCCAUGGCCUACGGUUCCAGCCCUAGCUUCCUGGCCUACCCCCCUGGUUACCCCCUCCAGACCUUUGUAGACCCAACCAACCCCAAUGCGGGCAAGGUACUGCUGCCCACCCCUCCCGUAGAGCCCCUGUGUGCCACCCUGACCUACGAACAGACUCCUCCCCAGCCCCUCAUUUCUGAGCUGGGUCUGGCCUCUCCCUCCUCCACCUCCCAGGCCACCCCGGUCACCAGCCUUCCUCAGCACAUCGCCACCACCGCCAUGGAGCUCACCGCUGGCACGCCCCAGCAGUACGCCUCCUCCGGUGUGGCCCCCCAGGACCCUGGAGUAGCCGUCCUGUCUGUGCCUGCCCAGGCAGCCACCCAGGUGCAGGGUCAGCAGAGCUACACCACCCUGUGGGACCCCACCACCCAGCAGGCAGUCACUGUGCAGACCCAGCCAGCCCAGCAGUUCCCCCCAGCUCCCUCACAGCCCCAGCCCGCCAUCUACUACCAGGGCCAGCCCUGCCAGACCAUCUACAGCAUCCCCACCGCCCCCUACCCGCAGGCCAACACUCCUCUCAUUCAGGCAUACAGUGAGAAUGCUUCCGGAUACCUCCACGGCCAGCCCGUCUACACUGGCCACCAGCAGGGGGUGGUGGUUCAGCAGGGAGGCACAGUCACCACCAUCGUCACCUCCCAGACCGUCCAGCAGGAGAUGAUUGUCCCCAACAGUGUCAUCGACCUACCCCCUCCGUCUCCCCCCAAAGCCAAGACCAUCGUCCUGCCUCCUGGCUGGAAGGUGGCCAGGGACCCAGAGGGCAAAAUCUACUACUACCACAUCAUCACCAGGCAAACCCAGUGGGACCCUCCGACCUGGGAGGGGGGCAGUGAAAACGCAGGCGUGGAGCACGAGGCCGAGAUGGACUUGGGGACGCCGACCUACGACGAGAACCCCUCCAAGUUCUCCACUAAGACGGCAGAAGCAGACACCUCCAGUGAGCUAGCAAAGAGAAGCAAAGAGUCAUUCCGAAAGGAGAUGUCCCAGUUCAUAGUGCAGUGCCUCAACCCAUAUCGGAAGCCAGACUGUAAACUGGGCCGCAUCAGCAACACUGAAGACUUCAAACACCUGGCCAGAAAGCUAACCCACGGUGUGAUGAACAAGGAGCUGAAGUCCUGCAAGAAUCCUGAGGACCUUGAGUGCAAUGAGAACGUCAAGCACAAGACCAAGGAGUACAUCAAGAAGUACAUGCAGAAGUUUGGCACCGUGUACCGGCCUAAAGAGGACACAGAGCUGGACUAGCCUGCGAGGCGUAUGAUCCGGGCUGGGGCUACACCUGCCCUGGACGGCCGGCGCGGAAUGAGACUUACUCAACCACACGCAGACCUGUCUUGACCUUCCGUUCUCACUCCUACAGGUGUGGAGCCCAGGCUUCCAGCAGACUGAGAGGUCUGUUGUGUGACAGAACAGGCCCAUAGCCUUCUUUGCAGAUUAAAAGAGCUGGACUGUGUGUGAAGGGCCAUCUAGCCGGCUCUCCGCAACCUCUGGUUGCUGGGGGGCCAUGAUGAUGCGACUGAGGCAUCCCAGGAUGACCCGAGACUCCAGGCGAAGUGUUGACCAAAGUCAACGAUGAGGGGUGCUACAUUGACUGUUUCACUACUAUCAUGUUUGGUUUUAAGUGUUUUCCAGUUAUCACUCUUAAAAUGGGUCCUCAUGAUGUUGAUUUCAUCCCUACUUUUUAAGCCCUCUCUCCCCUGUCAGAAAAGGAUAUCUGAGAGAUUAUUAAAACGUACAAUAAAUAUCCAUCGCUCCUCGUUACUGCCCACUGCUGGAUAAUGGCGUACUAGUCCAGCAAAGAUUAUUGUUAAAAUAUGAAUUAAUGUCAAAAAGUAAAGAAACAACUUUUUCUCUCUCUCCCCAUUUGACUGACUUUUCUCAUGCACACAUCUACCCUGCGUAUCUGGUGCUGCUUUCACUGGGCUGUGAGAUUCCAGCCGUCUGCUCCCCAAGCCCUGCCUUCAGACCACGAGUUUGGAGCCACUGUUGUUCUGUGAAGGCUCGAUGAAGGCUGGGGUCUCUGACGCAAACAGUUGUUAGGUUUCCCAAGGUCACUGUCUCUCGAGUGUCGCUGCUCGUUAUGUCAAGCUUGUAUAUUUUACAUGAGGAUGUGGUGGUGGGGAGGGUUGAAACAUUUCCUUGGCUGUCAGGGGACUCUGAGAAGGAGAGGCAGAAAUGGACAUGGGUAACUGAUCGUCUUAUGUCUUUUAUCAACUUGUACCAGGAAGCAAACAAGUUCUGAUUUGCUCUCUGGGACAUGUUUAAUGUGAGUAUGUGUCCCCAACACUUUAACCCCCCCCCCUCCCCUACAGGAGAGGACAAGGGUAGCAUUGUGAUUUUAACAGUCCAUUUCUAUUUAUAUAUAUAUAUACAUCUUACAUGGUAUGCUUUGUAUUAUCCUAAUACCUUGUACAGGCAUUUGAAAAGGAGCCUCUUCUGUUUUGCUUUACAGUUGCUUUGCUCCCCAUUGUCAGGGUUGCAGUUUCCUAGACCUGGGGUGUGCUGUAAUCAGCAACUGUGUCUCAGCCCAUUGAAUCGCAUUAAACCAUGUUAAAACACAUAUGUAUUAUAUUGCUUUUUAUGUGAAUAUAUUGAGAAAUAGUUUUGGAGAAUGUUUAAAUAAAGACUUUGUAAAAGGACUGUUGGUCCCUGAUUACAGUGUAAAUAUGUGUAAUAGAACCAGACUCCUCUACAUGGGCGUGGGUCCGGGGAGGCAUGGUGAGGUCCUAGUUCCACCAGCUCAUCCCUCUGUACCAGCAGCCACGACUAUCAGCUAAGACCAGGACUCAUCUGGCUCUCACAGACCCAUCAGGUUAGAUGGUGGUGGGGUUACAUAUUCAUUUAGUAGGUUUUCAAGGUUGAAUUAUGAGAUUGUUUUUUUAUGUAUAAUGAAGUUCAGACCCCCCACUCUUUAUUGUGUAAGCACAUUGUCAUAAUGAGUGUACAAACAUUUUAAAAGACAAUAAACCUUUUGUUAAAACUGA